UUCCUUUACAACUAUAUUAAUAAUCGAUAAUCGAUGAGUCGUGUUCUUCUUCUUCCCGUUUUAGGGUUCUUCGCCACCAAAUCAACAACUAUUCUUAAUUAACAAUAACCUCUUCCCUUUCCCUUUUCUCCGAUCUCAAUCUCAAUCUCAAUUCUCAUCUCACAUCUUCAUUAUUUCAAUCUUAAUUUAACACUUUCAAUUUUUUUCAAUCGCUUUCGUUUUCAUUAUUUGAAGCGCUUUUCUGUUUUAAGGGUUUUUCGUUUUUAUGGUGGAGAUGGAUGGAUUUGGUGGCGGGGAUGAUGUUGGUGGAGUUUCCAACAAACUCGAUCUUCAUCAAUUAGGGGAUAUUCCUUCAGAAGGUACAGUUUUUGAUGCAACACAGUAUGCUUUUUUUGGUCAAGAUGCUUGUGUAGAAGAAGUUGAAUUGGGAGGGUUAGAAGAUGACGACGGUCUGCCCGAGUCUAAUGAAGAGGAGUUUCUUCUUAAUAGAGAAGAGGUUGAGGAUGCAAAAUCUCUUUCUGAUAUUGAUGAUCUCAGUACCACUUUUUGGAAGUUGAACAAGGUUGAAAUUGGACCACAAAGCACAGCAAUUAUCGGUGAACGAGGAUCAAGAGAAAAUUCCACAGCUGAAUGGACACGGAGGGAUGGUGUUCCGAACUGGUUUGACCCUUAUGAUAGUGAAGGUUCUCUGGAUAGCAGAAGACUGCCGUCACAGCCUUAUUCUUCUCUUGUCCCUUUACAUGAAUCAAAGCCCUUGUAUAGAACAACUUCAUAUCCUGAGCAGCAAAGGCAGCAACAACAACACUACCCCCAACAUGGCUCAAGUGAAUCAGUUCCUCCUAAUUGGUAUGAUCAGCAUUUUCGUGAUUCUGAAACUCAGGAUGGCAAACGAUGGUCGUCACAGCCGCAUUCCUCCAUUGCAGACUUAGAAGAAUCAAAGUCCUUGUACAGUACAUCUUUAUAUCCUGACAAACAACAUGAGCAUCUUCAUUUUUCUAGUGAAUCUAUUUUGGCACCAAAUUCUUCUUUUACUUCUUAUCCUCCACCUGGUGGUAGAUCUCAGCAGGCUUCUCCAAGUCAUAAUACCGGCCCCUUAAACAUUCCUUAUAACGCUGCAGGAGCUCAGAUGACACUAUCUUCUCAAAAUCGUUCCCAUUUCUCCAAUUCUGCUCUACAGUUGGGUGGAUUAAAUCAUGGAUCAUCUUUUGGUGGAAACACGCACCAAUUUCCUAUGGGUUCUCCUCUUAAUCAGCGAGUACCGAAUCAGUUGGUCAACAAGGCAGGGCUAUAUAAUGGAACUCAUCCCAAUAUUUCCUCAGGUUUACCUAUGGCCAACAGAUAUGAUCAGAUGCUUGGGAUGAUGGAACUGAGGGAUCAAAUGCCAAAAUCAGCUCAAAUAGGUAGACAGAAUCUCCGAUUUUCUCCUCAGGGUUUUGAUAUAAGUAGCAAUAAAUUCAAUAAUGGAUGGCCCCGGUUUAGGUCUAAAUAUAUGACGACUGAGGAAAUUGAGAAUAUAUUUAGAAUGCAGCUUCAAGCAACACACACUAAUGAUCCAUAUGUAGAUGAUUAUUACAACCAAGGCUGUCUUGCGAAAAAAUCUUCAGGUGCUAAAUUGAGGCAUCACUUUUCACCAGCUCAAAUAAGGGAAAUCCCUCCACGGGCUUCUGCUAAUGAACCACAUGCUUUUCUUCAGGUUGAUGCUCUAGGGAGGGUUCCAUUCUCAUCGAUUCGCAGGCCCCGUCCUCUGCUGGAAGUUGAUCCACCAAAUUCCUCACGUGCUGGUGGCCCUGAGCAAAACAUUUCAGAAAAGCCUCUUGAACAGGAACCAAUGUUGGCAGCAAGGGUCACAAUUGAGGAUGGUGUUUGUCUUCUUCUUGAUGUAGAUGAUAUUGACCGUUUCCUACAGUUUAAUCAGCUUCUAGAUGGUGGAAAUCAUUUAAAACAGAAACGGCAAGGUCUUUUGGAAGGACUUGCAGCCUCACUUCAAUUAGUUGAUCCAUUUGGAAAGAAUGGACAUACCGUUGAACUUGCUGCAAAAGACGACUUUGUUUUUCUCAGGAUAAUUUCUCUACCCAAAGGUCGAAAACUACUGGCUAAGUACCUUCAACUACUUUUUCCAGGUGGGGAGCUUAUGCGAAUAGUCUGCAUGGCCAUCUUUCGUCAUUUAAGAUUCUUAUUUGGUGGUCUUCCCUCCGAUUCAGCUGCAUCAGAAACUGUUAUCAACCUCGCAAAAGUUGUUUCAAAGUGUGUUCGUGAAAUGGAUCUUGGUGGACUUAGUGUUUGCCUAGCCGCAGUUGUUUGUUCUUCUGAGCCGCCGCCUCUACGUCCCCUUGGAAGCCCUGCUGGAGAUGGGACUUCCCUUAUUUUAGUAUCAGUGCUUGAGAGGGCUACUGAACUUUUAACUGAUCCUCGUGCUGCUAGCAACUACAACAUUGCAAAUCGUUCACUUUGGCAGGCUUCAUUUGAUGAAUUCUUUGGUCUUCUCACCAAAUAUUGCGUCAAUAAAUACGACAGCAUCAUCCAAUCAUUCCUUAGUCAAGGGACAUCAAAUAUGGCGGUCAUUGGGCCUGACGUUGCUAGAGCUAUUAGUAGGGAAAUGCCAGUUGAGCUCUUGCGUGCAAGUCUACCUCACACCGAUGAUCGUCAGAAAAAAAUAUUACUUGAUUUUGCUCAGCGCUCUGUAGUUGGAUAUAAUAGUAAUUCUGGGGGUAAUGGCCACCAUGUAAACUCUCAGUCAGUGGUGAGUUAAUUAGAUAACGAGACAGUAAAUUUCAUUACAACCUUGUGUUUCUAGUUACUUUGGAGCAUUUUGAUGUGGAAGUAUCUAUCAGGUGCAUCUAUCUACCUUGAAAAUCUACCUUGAAAGUUUUAGUACCUUCAUAUCUUUUUACUUGUUAAUGCCAUGUAGCAUUGUGAUAAACUUGCAAUCAGGCCCAUUGUGUAUUAUGAUAAACUUGGCUUGAUUUGUUCCUCUUGUCUUUUAUUUUCUUUUGACAGGGGAGCUUUUUGUUACUCAGUUUGUUGUUCUAGGGAACAGUAGUGGGUACUAGUAUGUCCAGGGUUAGGUUUAAGCUUGAUCCUCAUGUUCCUUUACUAUUAUCAUACAGGCAUGAGAUUGGUUUUGUCUAUUACUCCAUAUCUACCUUAAUAGGUUUCACAUGUCAAAUUGAAGUAGCAUUGUGGUGGGGUAUGCUAAUUUUACCAUUCGACAAGGUGGUAUUGGCACGCCUAAGAAUAAGUUCUGUCAACCUUGUUUGAUGGUGUCAACCUAAGAAUUGCUUUGAGUAUUCAGUUGCUGUAGGCAUGUAGUUUUGUACCAUCCCUUGUUCUCAGUCAAUUGGACUAUUAUUGGUCUAUUUUUCAUGUAUUUGCUAUAGUUUUUCUUGAAUUUCAUUUCAUGUUCAACGAAUGAUUUGGCAGUUUGAUGAAGCAUACCUUUAGUUAUGUAAGCAAUGUAGAGAGUUUUCGCAUCUUUGGAAAUAAUGCAAAUGUUGAUUUGAAGA